GUCGCAACAAACAACUGCGUCAUAAGGAAUUGAACCCCAGCGACGUGGUGCGCAACUAUCUAGGUAGUUGUACAGCUAGGAGCGUUCAUGGGCUCUUAUUUUUUUUGUUCUCCUCAUCGUAUGACGUUCUCUUCACAUUGCUAGAUCAUGAUGGAUUUGGGUUCAGUCGGUAGCCAGUUCACGGCAGUUCAUGGCGACCACGGAGAAGCGCAACCGUCAAAACAAAUGCAAACCGCAAAGGAAGUCAAAAUGUACCCAUCGCCGCGUUGUUCUUGUCGAUGCUUGUCUACACUUGAUGCUAUUGCCUUUUACCACGCGACAAGAUUACAACCUUCAUCAUCAAACCACCACCAAACAUCAGCAACUCUCUGUGCAUCUCAGCCCCUGCCCGCCAAGAACAUACCUACCUUUACCCUAGACAGAAGAUAACAGGGCAUUCUCUAUAUUUCUUUCUCGGUCUAUAUCCGGCUACCUACCAGCUACACAUCACUCUCCCAUACCUCAUCCGCCAACAUGCUGUCCAAUCGCCGGUCCACCAUGAUGGUGCCGCAGCAGGCCGCUGCACAGAUCCAGGCCGAGAUAGCUGCCAACGCCGAGCCCACAAACCUCCCGUCUAGCAUGCUGACUGCGACGACGGAGACGCUGCCGGGCUUCCGCAUCAAGAUGAUCAUGGGCGCGGUCAAGGGCUCGUCCGUACACGAGCGGCCCAAGCCGAGGAAGAACAGCUCCGCGUCCGGGUUCCUGCGCAAGACGGUGUCGCAAGAAGCGCGGCACCUCACGCACGCCAUCUACGACGCGCGCAACGAGGCCCAGGAGCGCAUGGAGCUCUGCGCCGUCUCCAUGGGCGCCAACGCCAUCAUUGGCGUCUCAUUCGACCAGAGCGAGCUGAUGGGCUGCGUGCAGUGCAGCGUCUGGGGCACGGCGGUGUUUGUCGAGAGGAUAAAGGAGGACGGCUCUUUCAACGUCGUGUCCGGAACAUGA